GCACAGAGCGGUGUCAGCAGCAGCGGCUCCGGCAGAGGGAGGAAUCAAGUGGUGAACGCGUUGGGCUGUGAUAUAGCAUUUCGGGAAUACUUUAAUUUUCCUCUCAGAAGAUAUGAGUCGACAAGUUGUACGUACGAGCAAAUUCCGUCAUGUGUUUGGCCAGGCGGCGAAAAAUGACCAAUGCUACGAUGAUAUCCGGGUGUCAAGGGUCACAUGGGACAGCUCCUUCUGUGCAGUCAACCCCAAGUUUGUUGCCUUAAUUAUUGAAGCCAGCGGUGGAGGAGCUUUCCUCGUCCUCCCUCUUCACAAGACGGGACGCAUUGACAAAUCCUACCCCACAGUGUGUGGACACACAGGCCCGGUGUUAGACAUCGACUGGUGCCCCCACAAUGAUCAGGUCAUCGCCAGCGGCUCGGAGGACUGCACAGUGAUGGUGUGGCAGAUUCCUGAGAAUGGCCUCGUCACUUCCAUGGCUGAACCAGUGGUGGUGCUGGAGGGCCACUCCAAGCGUGUCGGUAUCAUCACAUGGCACCCGACAGCGCGCAAUGUCCUUCUUAGUGCCGGCUGCGACAACCAGAUCAUCAUCUGGAACGUGGGCACAGGAGAGGCGAUGAUCAACCUGGAAGACAUGCACCCGGAUGUCAUCUACAGCGCGACAUGGAACCGCAACGGGAGCCUGAUCUGCACCUCCUGCAAGGACAAGGCCAUCCGUGUCAUCGACCCCCGCAAGGAGACGGUUAUCGCCGAGAAGGAGAAGGCCCAUGAUGGGGCUCGACCCAUGAGGGCCAUCUUCCUGGCUGAUGGCAACAUCCUCACCACAGGUUUCAGCCGAAUGAGUGAGAGGCAGCUCUCCCUCUGGAACGCGAAUAACAUGGAGGAGCCCAUGACUGUUACUGAAAUGGACACCAGCAACGGCGUGCUGCUGCCCUUCUACGACCCAGACACCGGUGUUGUUUACCUCUGUGGGAAGGGUGACAGCAGCAUCCGUUACUUUGAGAUCACAGACCAUGCUCCGUACGUUCACUUCCUCAGCACCUUUACCACCAAGGAGCCCCAGAGAGGCAUGGGCUACAUGCCCAAGAGGGGCCUUGAUGUCAAUAAGUGCGAAAUUGCGAGGUUCUUCAAACUGCACGAAAGGAAGUGUGAGCCUAUCGUGAUGACUGUACCCAGAAAGUCGGACCUGUUCCAGGACGACUUGUACCCAGACACAUCUGGCCCUGAUCCUGCCCUGGAGGCCGAGGAUUGGUUUGAUGGCAAGAACGGAGACCCCAUCCUCAUCUCCCUCAAGAACGGCUACGUCCAGGGCAAGAAUCGUGAAUUCAAGGUGGUCAAAAAGAACAUUUUGGAUGGCAAGGCGACCAAGAACACAGAGAACUCGAGCCCUGCCAACAAGUCUGCCUCCCCAACUCCAUCGAUUAAGUCUGAAGCCAAGCUGGAGGAGAUCUUGAAAGAAAUCAAAUCCCUCAAGGACCUGGUCAGCAGUCAGGAGAAGAGAAUCAUCAAACUUGAAGAUCAAAUGUCCAAAGUUGCCAUUUAGGGACCCUUUACCCGACCCGCUACAAUUCAGGACGUUCCAUUGGCAGGGGGACCGUGUUUCGUUGGAGGCCUGCCUAGCAACGAUCCCUAGCAACAUUCCAGAUGAACUUUUUCUUAGCCAGCCCCCGACCCCAAGUUUAAAUUCCAUUCCUUCAGAUGGAAUAAGGACGUGUCACUCUUUAUGUUGACAAAGGACCCUUUUCCUUUAAUCAUGUGGCAGUUGUUUUUUUAUUUUGUCUAAAAAAGGUCUAACUUAGUCCUUUGCAUUUUAGAAAUAUGACCAAGAAAAUAGUCCCCAUUUGCCAAAAUGCAUACCCAGAUAUUUUUUAAGUAUCAAUGUUUCAUAUCACCAUAGCCCAAAAUGAUAAUGUUGCCAAAUUUGACAUUUUUGUUUACACCCCCAAAAGUAUUUCUUUCUCUCUGUGUGGGAGGAGUCAAAAUGCAAACAGCGCAGAAGACCAGGUUAUGUAAGGGGGUCAUCGAUACUGCGAGAUAAAAAUAAUUUGAAUAAUUUGGUUAUGCUAGGAAGAUCUCAAACUGUAAUCAGGGGGAAAUAAAUUCAGGUUGAAGAAUGAUUUAGCUGCCACAGUCUUCGCCAAGCACCCAGACAUUACAUAUGAUUCCCGCUGUCUGUGUUGAAUCUGCACAAAGUAACUCCUGCUUUCUGCCAUUUCUCCUCAUUCCUGUCGCUUCCCGUCAUUCAGGCUGUGACAAUAGUCCACGUAAACAUGCAUUCCUCUCUGUUUAGCUUCAUUAACAUGCACCGUGUGCUUAUUGAAAAAAAAAAAAAAAAUGACAAACACAUUCCACAAAUCUUAUUGGCAGUUUUUGUUGUGUCGGCGAAAAAUACUUCUGCAACGUUCCUCCUCCUGUGAACACUGUCCUGGCGUGACUCGGUUGCACUGGUUGGUUGUUAUUGUGACAUCGAUGUGCUGCCACUGAAAAUACCAACUUUGUGGAUUUUCAACCUCAGCUCUGCUUUGUUUCUGUGACCGGUACAGACACCGACCUCAGUGUUCAGAAGCUGCAGUCAAGUGUAGUGGGAUUAUUUUUUGUCUCUGUUCAUUUGCUUUAAUUGCCAUCUCAGAUCUGUACAUUCUGAACAAACUAAACAGGAAUUGACAUGACGACAAGUAAUCACACAUUGACUAUUUCAAACCUUCUGGUGGUAAAACUGGAGAUUGCUUCAGAAACUGUUCAUGAUAGACCUUAAAGGCCUAGAUUGUGUGUGAAUAUGUGCCUCAUGUAUUUGGUCUUUUGGGUACCUGUCACUUAGGAUGUUCCUGCUUUGUUUCUUAUUUGGGGGAGGGUUAUGAAAAGGACUAGCCUCCAUCUUGGAUGAAUUGAAUCGUUGGGAUAUUGCUUCACUGUUAAUUUUAGCCUGUUUCUUGUUCCAGCUGUGCUAAUAUCCUUCUUAGUACUUCCACUUUUUUUAAUGGUUUAUUUCUCAGAUGCCCCUGUUCAGUAUAGUUAUCAGAAUAUCAAAGAACCAUUGUGUUGUCCAGUCUGAGCUGGUUUGAUCAGACGGCUACGAUAAAGCUCCUCUCGAUGUUUUAGUUUAGUUUCCCAGUGGGAAGCUGAGACGGGUAAUGGUUCAGUCUGUUGUUUGCCUUCAAUAUUUGUUACCACUGUAAAGACCUGAAAGUGCCAUAGAGGUAACCAUGGAAGUGUUUGUAGGGGACUGUUGUGAGAGUAGAUAUGUGUAGUAAAUGGAAGAGUUGAUAGGUGGCCGGCUUUAAAACCACUAGGUGCUAUACCUAUGUUCAGACGACCCUGCUCCUAAAGUACUGUGAUGAACUCCUGCCAAUCCAUCCCACAAUACACCAGGCUUGGGGUUUGGCAGAAUGCACGGUGACAUUUUGACACUUUCCAUCUGGAUACGGGUAUUCAAAACACCUAAUGUCAAACCGAGAAGCUUUUUGAGUCAUCGUGGCUUCUUGGAGCAGCGUGUCGUAGAAUAUAAGGACAUCUGAGAGUGCUAACUGUUAUACUGCCAUAUCUUGUAUAUCAGACCGCCACUCUUUAUAGCACUGUCGGCACAGAGAGGAGAUGAGAAGUAGUAGUGAAUAGCGAUCCAAAGGGACUCUGUAGGUUGGAGAAGUGUGCAGUUGAAAGAUAGAUGUAUGUUUGUAAUUUAGGUCUAGAAAAACUGAGUGAAAGCUUUGUAAAUAACAUGACCGUAUUUUCUUAUUUUAUUUCUUUUGUGGUUGUGCUGAAGAGGGUAUUUGUGUGGGAGGUGGGUUUUAAACGUUUCCCCUUUGUCUGUGUUCCCUGCACCUUGCCAUAAUGCACCAUGAGAAAAGCAGAGCCUCCGUUGAUUAUAAGAAAAAUUAAUAAAGAAUUUUUAAAAUGG